AUGAGGAUAUUAUAUAACUUAGAUACCUAGUAUAAAAUAAAACGUUUUAUGAGAAAAAUAUUUAGUUUGCUAAAAUGAUUAUCCCGGAGCAGUAUAUUAAAAAUAAUAGUCUUCAACGGAAAAAUGCCGAGGAUACCUGUAAUACAUAUAUACAAAGAAUGGUUUGGAAAUCUAAUGAAAUAAUUUUAGACAUAGGAUGUGGACCAGGCGAUGUAACCUCAGAUAUACUUUAUCCUUUAUUAAUGAAGAAUAUCAAUCAGUUGAUUGGUGUUGAUAAAUCAAUAGAAAUGGUAGAAUAUGCUAAAAAAACAUAUGAAUGCUCUAAGAUGGGCUUCGAAGUUCUGGAUAUUGAAAAUGUCAAUGACUGUUCUUUUUAUUCGAAUAGAUUUAACAAAAUAUUUUCAUUUUUAUGCUUACAUUGGGUUCAUAAUAAAUCUAAUGCUUUGUGUAAUAUGUAUUUAAUGUUGAAAAAUGGUGGAGAAAUUUUGGUUAACUUCUUGUUAAUCAAUCCGUUUAUUGAAUGGCAUAAAUCUCUGGAUGCCGAAUGGCAAAAAUAUGUUAAAGAUAUAAAACAAAUAUUCAAUAAUUUGUAUGCAGAUGAAAUGAGAGAAAUGUUUAUCAAGGCUGGAUUUCGAAUUAUUCAUUUAGAAUCAAGUGUCAAAAAAUAUACAUUUUCAGACCUACCAUCAUUUUUAAAUUUUGUUAAAGCAAUAGACGUCAUGUACACUUCAUUACCACAACACUUACAUGACAAAUACUUCAUGCAUAUUAAAGAAAAACUGUGUAAGACACAAACAGUUGAAAUAUGUCCAAUAACUGGAAUAGUAACUUCUUCAAUUACUCCUAUUACUGUGCAUGCCAUCAAAGAUUAAAAUAAAAACUAGAAUACUAAAUAUCAUAA